GGUCGAAUAAGGCGCAUGAAAAUGAGUAGCAGUUACUUUUUCAAAGUCUUUCUACUUGCCACUGCGGUCGCCGUUUGCCAGGCCGGAAUCGUAUCAGCAAACUCUCUGGGAAAAGUCGAAACAAAAGCUGCUUGUCCAGGAUUUCUACAAGGCAAUACUGCAGUACCUUGCUGGACCUUGAACGGAAAGUGCUACUGCUUUUCAAAAACAAAGCGCGUCAACUGGUUGGAUGCCGAUAAAUUCUGUAGGGUAGGCGGGAUGACUCUGUUGAGCCUAGAAAGUAAAGAAGAGGAUCAAAUGAUUAACAACCACAUCAAAUCCACAUCAGAAUUGAGUGACGACUACUACUGGAUUUCGGGCAAAUUCUCAAACAAUCGGUGGGAAUGGGCGAACAAUGAACCCCUGACUUACACACACUGGUACACAGGAGAACCGUCCUACAAUCAAGCUGGAAUAAGUUUCGUUUACAUCAACUAUUUGUUUCCCAACGGAAUUUGGUUCGAUGAAUUUGGGUCGGCCUACAUUCUCUUCAUUUGCGAGUCAAUUGACGAUGAAACAACAACAGUCGAUACCCAUACAACAGAAAAAGACGUCCCAACUGAUUCAACGACAGAAAAAGAUGUUCCCACUAAUCCAACAACAGAAAAAGAUGUUCCCACUGAGCCAACAACAGAAAAAGAUGUUCCCACUAAUCCAACAACAGAAAAAGAAGUUCCCACUAAUCCAACAACAGAAAAAGAUGUUCCAACUGAGCCAACAACAGAAGCCGUCGAGCUCACAACGACGAAAGCUACAACAAUAGAGCCUGUGUCGACUACCACCGAAGAAAGUUUAGAAGCGACGGCAAGGCCUGAAGAAAUAACCACAGAAUCCUCCGAGACGACUACGACUGCAGGAGAGACGACACCCACGCCAUUUUUCUGCCCCAAGUAUCUCCAAGGCAACAUAAGCAUGCCCUGCUGGACACUGAGUGACAAAUGCUAUUGCUUUUCCAAAUUCGUAAGAAACUGGACGAGGGCUGAUACUUACUGUAAACAAGCAGGCAUGACUCUGCUCAAGAUAGAAACGAAAGAGGAAAAUAAUUUGAUCGUCUAUCACCACACACACACGCCAGGAAUGACUAAAGAUAUUUACUGGACUUCGGGACGAUACUCGCAAGAAGGCAACAAGCGAUGGGAGUGGGCAACUACACAGCCGUACCAACAGCUGAGUUACACAAACUGGAACCCAACCAAACCUGUCCAACCCGAUUUCAACAUGCCUGGCUACUGUAUAGACAUUUCCUUUUUUCAAACUGGGCAUUGGUUCGACGGUCUCUGCAGUAGCAAUAUGAAAUUCAUUUGUGAAUCGAAAUAACGACCCAGAUGAAUAUAACUUAGCAUUAGAAAGAAAUCAAUUUUGUUUAAUACACAAUUUGGCAUCAGAAAA